AUGGCAGAAUACAAACUCACAUAUGAGUCUCAACUGGACGCUUUUCACCCUUCCUACCGCUGGGAAGCUCGCGACCCGAAUGAAGACUGGAAAUCCACCGCCCUCCGUGGACCAGGCCUACCUGUCCUAGGUAACGCAGUCGCCGGAGCUGUAGGCUCGGCUAUAUCCAACGUCGUCGUCUACCCACUCAGCGUGAUCGUUGCCCGCCUUCAAACCCAGAACAACCAAGAGAAAUCCAAGGAAGAGUCAGACGACGAUGAAGAAUACGCGGGCAUCCUCGAUGCCGGACUCGCCGGCUUCUACCCUGGUAUCGCGCAAGAUACAUGCAAAUCAGUCACAGACUCGUUCCUCUUCUUCCUUGCGUAUACAAUCGUCCGACAGCGAAGGAUAGUAGCCCGUGUCGGAGCUGCCCAAGCAGCGAAAAAUAAGAAUAUUGUGCUUCCGAUUCUCGACGAGUUGGCGGUUGGAGUUGUGGCGGGUGCUUUCUCCAAGCUAUUUACGACGCCGCUGUCAAAUAUCGUUACUCGCAAGCAGACCGCUGCGAAAAAAGGAAAAGGGUCUUGGUGGUUUCUGGUCGGGCUAUUCGGCUUCCUUGAUUUUGACCCUCAACCCUUCCCUCACGUUCUUUUGAACGAGGUCUUGAAAUACUCCCUUCUGCCGCGCUCCAAGCGUGAGAAACCUUCGCCUGCAGUGACAUUCUUUUUAGCGGCCCUGAGCAAAUCGGUUGCGUCCUCGAUUACCUAUCCAUUCUCAUUAGCCAAGACCAGGGCACAGGCUAUGGGCAAUGCGCCGAAGCCCACAAGCUCAGAAUCCAAGAGUCUCUCGGCUGCUCUCACCCCAAAGAUCUUCGCCGCUGUCAGCGAGAUCUACCGCGCUGAAGGUGUCCCAGGUCUAUACUCAGGUCUGCGCGGCGAGGUCCUCAAAGGCUUCUUCUCCCAUGGAUUUACUAUGCUUGCCAAGGACGCCGUGUAUGCAUCUAUCGUCAAGACAUACUAUAUCCUUCUGAUUAUGCUCCGUCGGUACCCGUCCCCUGAUGAGCUGCUCCAAAGUGCCCGUGAACAAGCGGAGGAAUACAGUGAAGUUGCACGAGAAGGUGCCCGUGAUAUGGUCGAGCGGGCACGCGAAGGCACUGAGGACAUUUUGAAUAAUCACUCGGGCGGCGUAUCUGCAGAUAUUACCGCUAAUGCUGCUCCUGCUGCUCAUGCGGCCGCAGAUGCUGGCCAUGGGGUAGAUGCCUCCUCUGGGCUGAAAGUACCGCCUAUUACUGAUGAAAUUAAUGAGACGGCCGAGCUGGUAGGUGAUUACGUUGAGGAAGAGGCUGCUGAGUGGAAGACUUUCUAUCAUUGGUUUUGGGAUAAGGAGAAGGGGUAUCACAAGGGUGAAUAA